GUUGUCUUCUUUGCUGAACGUUUUAAAUGAUAUGAACGACUGUCGCUAGGUCUUGUGCAUCCCGAUAAGCUGUUUUUCCUGUGUUCUCUGAAAUAUUGACGGCCAAUGGCCUUUCCCCUCCCGCGGGGCAUUACGCCCCCGGAGAUAUCCUUUCUUGCUGAAAUGGAGAUGGUCACCAUCGUUCCUCGUCAACGCUUGGAGGGAUUGGAGCUUCUCGGGGGCCCCGUUGAGCCUCUCCUGCCACCUCGGCGCGCUUCUCUUCCCCUUUGGCUGGCUCUCCUUCUUAAACGCCAACGCCGCGCAAAUAUCCUUCCUCCGCCAUGGCUCCAUCCAGAAUCUCUUUCUCUCAUCCUCGAAAUUGAAACCCAACACCACGAGUAUCAGCAUGCAUUCUCCGCGCCGCCUCCACUUCCAGGCCAACCAAGCCUUCGAGAUCGCGGAGAACGACCUGUCGCUAUGCCUCGCUAUACCCCAGAUGGCGGACGGUACUACCCAGCACCACCAUUUCUCCCCCAGAAUGUCGCGCAAGACCAUAUUCCAUUUGGCGAGGCUCCAUCACUGCCAUUUCACUGGCUAGAGGUUGGAACAAUGCUUCUUGACGCUGCUAGUGAUGACUUAGUGGACCCGGACCAGACCCGGAGGCUCUUGAAAGAACUGCGUGAGGUGCGAACAGCUAAGAUAAGAUCAGGCGUGGAUGCGCUAGAUGCUGCUUCCACUGGUGGGGGUGGAGUAGCACUAACCGGUGUCGGGGCGAUGGAGGUUGGAGAGGGAAGAGGGUUCAUUGCUGGUGUUGUCGAUGGACUAAGAAAGAUUGGUGCAUCAAAAGAGCAAGCGCGGAGAGAGCAGAUGGCAGAAGAUAUGGCCAAUGGUGGAUAUGACGCUACGCAAGACGACGAUGACGAUAUGGAGUUCUAAAGGACGCAUCUUUCGUGGUCUGCUCAUUUAGCUUCACAGCUGAGGUUUCGGCAUCUCGGCAUUUGAUUCUCCUACGGCCUGAUUAGCAAUAGGCCAGGCCACGGCCUUGUUGCGAGAAGUGCAACCUCGUUGUCCACGGUGAAGUUCUCUCUUGGAAGCUUAUGAGGAAUGGGAGAUAUCUUCCAGGAAUAUCCUCAGCAUCAAGACAGCAACUUCAAUAGAAAGAGGUGUUACGAUUUAUCCAUGAUAGAUGGUUACAUGUUGGAUAACCGAAUGAUUAAAUAUGGUCAGCUAAUGUAUUUAACUUUUGUUCAUAUAUACCCACUUAGAAAUACGACCUAUAACCCGC